AUGACGGGGGAAGAGGCCUUUCAUGUCCCCACGUCGGUCCCUGGCGCAGACUCUGGGCCCUUACUGGGCCCGUACUGGCGUCUUCCUCGACGUUGGGAGGAGUACGGGAACCACGGACCAAGACCUCCCUGCUCCCUUCACCGGACCAGCCCCUUCAACUACCAGCAGCAUGUGACCCGCAGGGCUGCUUUGGUGGCCGUUGCGGUGACUGAAGGCUCGGCGCAGGAGCGGAGCUCAGCUCUGGGUCACCGGACCCCCGGGAAAGGAGGUGCGAGCGAAUCCUGCGCUCCAGAGGAAGUGGGCGUGUGGGCCUUUCAUGUCCCCACGUCGGUCCCUGGCGCAGACUCUGGGCCCUUACUGGGCCCGUACUGGCGUCUUCCUCGACGUUGGGAGGAGUACGGGAACCACGGACCAAGACCUCCCUGCUCCCUUCACCGGGCUUCUGGGGACCCUCAGAGCUGCGGCGGCGACGCGCGGGGCGGCUGCGGUGAGUGCGGCGGGCGGGCCUGGGGGCGGGUCGCCCCGCUUGCUGGCUCGCGGCAGGCCUCGCGCUCCCCCCGGGCCUCUCGCUUCCGGGCCGGGGAGGGUCAAUCGCGCCGGCUGAGCAGGCCCGAGGCGGCGGCGCGCGAGCCCGGGGACAGCGAAAGCGAGCGCAGCGGGGGCCAGGAGACCCCUAGCUGCCCCACUACUGCCCUGCCUGGCGACCCUGGCCACGUUCUCCCACCUGUCACCCUGGCCCUUCUCUGCUUAGACGGCGUCUUCCUCUCCUCAGCCGAGAAUGACUUCGUGCACCGCAUCCAGGAGGAGCUGGACCGCUUCCUGCUGCAGAAGCAGCUGUCGAAGGUCCUUCUCUUCCCCCCACUCUCCAGUCGCCUCCGGUACUUGAUCCACAGGACAGCAGAGAAUUUUGAUCUUUUGAGCAGCUUCUCUGUUGGGGAGGGCUGGAGGAGGAGGACAGUCAUCUGUCACGUGGACAUCAGGUUACCCGGUUCAGAUGGGCUCUCUGGCCUCUGCCGCCCUCCUGCUUCCCACCCUAGCAAGUACCGAGGUCCGAGGUCCACCUCAAGCCAGGGAGCGGCUGCUGGUCCCCGAGGAGCGCGGGCCGGCCGGUGGCAUCGUGGACGCAAGCCAGACCAGGCUUUGUAUGUGCCCCGGGCGCUGCGCAGGCGAGAAGAAUGGGCACCCCUCCCGGCCCCAGGGCUUCAGGGAGGUGCUCCAGCUGGCGGGCUCCCAGAAGAGCCCGAUGAUAUCCGUGCCGGGGACCCCACCUCCGAUCAGGAACUUCCUGUGUUGGCGACUCAGGCAGCAGACGUCCGAAAAGGCCGUAGCAAAAGUGAGAAAGAGUCACUGCCAGACCCAGUGGCCACUGAGUCCCCAGGGCCAGAGGAUCACUCAGGGACGGGAGACAGGUCGGAGUCGUCCACACAGCCUGGGCCCGGUCUGCAGCCAGACUUGGAAGACGGGAGUGGGAGUGAGCUGGAGAGGAGCCUGGCGGCAGAGAAGGAAGAGGACGAGGUGGAAGAGGAGGGGCCGGGCAGCUGCUCCGAGGAGGACGAGUACAGUGAGCUGCUGCAGGAGAUAACGGACAACCUGACCGAGAAGGAGAUUCAGGUAGAGAAGAUCCACAUGGACAUGUCCUCCUUCGCAGAGGAGCUGCCUGGAGAGAAGGAUUUUGCCCACGUGGUGGAGAUCUAUGACUUUGAGCCGGCGCUCAAGACCGAGGACCUGCUGGCAGCCUUUUCCGAGUUCCAAGAGAAGGGGUUCAAGAUCCAGUGGGUGGACGACACACACGCGCUCGGGGUCUUUCCCUGCCUGGUUUCAGCUGCUGAGGCCCUGACCAGGGAUUUCUCCACGCUCAAGAUCCGGCCCCUGACGCAGGGAACCAAGCAGUCCAAGUUGAAGGCCCUGCAGAGGCCAAAGCUUCUGCGUCUGGCAAAGGAGAGACCACAGACAAACACAGCCGUGGCCCGGAGGCUGGUGGCCCGGGCCCUGGGGCUCCAACACAGAAAGAAAGAGCGGCCUGCAGUGGAGCCUCCCCCGACCCUGAGGCCCUGA